AGGGUACCGCAAAAAUACCAAUUUAUUUAUUUUUCCGCUGCAUUCUUUAGCCGCUGCUUCUCUACUCUGCUGAUCCCUCUCAUAGCUCUGAAACUUUACCGAAAAUGGCUUUCUUGCUCAAUAAAAUGGGCAUCGCUUCCAAUUUCCGUGCUCAUUCCCAGAAAACAGAGGAUUCGUUCUCUCUGACCCGCCGCGCAUACCACAUGGAACCUGGGCCUCGCGAGAAAGCCCUCUUGGCUGACGACCCAGCUUUGAAGCGAUUCAAAUCACAUAAAAAGAGUGUGUGGCGACUCAAAAGAGUUGGUGAUGUUCUCACUAUUGUUGUUGUUGCAGGUUGCUGCUACGAAAUAUAUGUUAAGGCAGUAAUGCGAGAAGAAGCUCGCAAACAAGCGACGGCUGCAGGCGGUAGUGAAUAAGUGUGAAGAAGAAAAAAAGAGAGGAAUAAUGGGAUGUAAAAUUGUUUGGAAUGAUGCUACUCUUUUGGGUAAAAUAAGCAGUAAAAACGAUGACGCUAAAUGUUUGAAUUUAACUUUCUUCUUGGUCGAUC